AGCAUUGAGAUCCGGAGGCAGUGGAGGCGGGAGAGGGAACUCCAUCCCUGCAACCGCCGAAGAGGGAGAAGAAGGAGACGGCGAGAGAAGCGAGCGAAAGAGGAGCCCCGCGAGCUCAACACUUCACCAAUGGCCUCUUCCUUCGCCUUCUCUCGCUCCUCCCACUCCACUCGUCUGCUCCUCUUCUUCUCUUGCUUCCUGAGCUUCCGCUCGGGCGAGUCGCACCCGCCGUUCGACCUGCAAUGGUACCCGGCGACCGCCACCUGGUACGGAAGCCCCGACGGCGACGGAAGCGACGGCGGGGCGUGCGGGUACGGGACGCUUGUGGACGUGCGUCCGUUGCGGGCACGGGUGGGGGCGGUGAGCCCGGUGCUGUUCAAGGACGGCGAGGGGUGCGGCGCCUGCUACAAGGUGCGAUGCCUUGACCGUGCCGUCUGCUCUCGUCGCGCGGCCACCGUCAUCGUCACGGACGAGUGUCCCGGUGGCUAUUGCGCCUCUGGCCGUACCCACUUCGACCUCAGCGGUGCGGCCUUCGGCCACAUGGCCGUCGCCGGAGAGGCCGGCCCACUACGUGACCGUGGCGAGAUCCCUGUCAUGUUCCGCAGGACUGCAUGCAAGUACCGGGGGAAGAACAUUGCUUUUCAUGUCAACGAGGGUUCUACAAACUAUUGGCUAUCUCUUCUUGUGGAGUUUGAGGAUGCUGAUGGAGAUAUUGGAUCCAUGCACAUAAGACAGGCAAACUCUGUGGAAUGGCUAGAGAUGAAGCACGUAUGGGGAGCAAACUGGUGCAUUAUAGGGGGGCCACUUCAGGGACCAUUUUCAGUGAAGCUCACCACAUUGACCACCCAAAGAAUGUUCUCUGCUCGCGAUGUGAUCCCCCGGAACUGGUCUCCCAAGGCCACCUACACCUCUAAACUUAAUUUCCUCUGAUCUGAAUCACAAAGGAGAUUCAACAAGAUCAUUGAAUUCUCAUUCUCUUAACAUUCUUAUGUUUGGAAUUUUCUCUGAGUGUGUGUUCUUGUAGCCCUCUCCAAAGGGGAGAGCGAGCGCCUUGUUCAAGGGUUUUUUUCUUCUGACAAGCGCCUUGUUUAACUUCAUGUGAGCUUUUUUAUUCUCGAUGUAGCAGUUUGUGACAUUGAAGCUCUUUGAGAGUGCUGUUCUAGUUUUAUGUAAUGGCUUGAGUGUUAACCUGUAAUCUUAUUCCCAC